AUGACACUGAAUAACUAUCAGUUGCCAGUUAUGAAAACAAAGUCUACUAAGGAAGCUGAUCUUUUUAAGAUAGAUACAGUUGCUAUGUUAGCAAGUCAAGUAGAAGCUUUGAGUAAGAAAAUUGAUGAUUUGAAUAUGGCUAAGCAAAUGAAUUCAGUGCCCAAGUAUACAAAAUUUUUAAAGGCGUUGUUAACAAAUAAAAGGAAGUUAGACGAACUGUCCACCGUGGAGCUCAAUGAGGAGUGUUCAACUAUUCUCCAAAACAAACUACCUACCAAGCUUAAAGAUCCAGAGAGUUUUACUGUCACUUGUUUUAUUGGUAGCUUAAAUGUUAAAAAAGCUUUGGCUGAUUUGGGUGCUAGUAUAAAUUUGAUGCCUUAUAAAAUGUUCAAACUUGGUCCCAAGGAACCAAAAACCACUAAAAUGAGUAUUCAAUUAGUUGACAAAUCAAUUAAGUAUCCUAAGGGCAUUAUUGAAUAUGUAAUUGGUAAAGUCGAUAAAUUUAUAUUCCCUGUUAAUUUUGUUAUAUUGGACAUCGACGAGGAUAUUGAGGUGCCCAUGAUCUUAGGCCAGCCCUUUUUAGUGACUUCUAGAACUGUAAUUGAUGUGGUUAAUAAUAAACUUGUGUUGAAGGUAGGUGAUGAAGAGGUUACUCUUCAAGCAUGUGAUUUUGUGAGAGUUUCUAGCGAGCAACAUGAUAGUCAUUAUUCAGAUAAUGUUAGUAGCCAUGUGACUCAACAUUCUUUAUAG